UGAUAAACAUGGACGCAUAUUUUCUACUUUAAAGAAAAUUAAAAGGGUGAUUUAUGUGAACGAGACACUAUACGACCCUUAGGUUUACACGUAGCUUGGCAUUCCUCCGCCCCUGGCGCCUACGCAAUGCAAAACGGAGGGGAAAAUUUAAAAAGCGAGAUGCUGACGAUUUUUAAACAUCAAUGCGCGCCUUUUCAAACUGUCGAAUGAGCUUGAGGUUUUGUAAUUCCAACCAAUCAACACGUCGACUGUAUCCAAUGGCGAGAGUUGUUCAUCUAGCAAUAGCCAAUCAGAGGGCAGAACUAGUGUAUAAAUGUUGCCUUCUGCGCUCAGCUUUUAGUUCUUUUCUGCAUCUACGAAGAUGGCUCGGACGAAGCAGACGGCUCGGAAGUCGACGGGCGGCAAGGCGCCUCGCAAGCAGCUGGCCACCAAAGCGGCUCGCAAGAGCGCGCCGGCCACGGGCGGCGUGAAGAAGCCUCACCGCUACCGGCCGGGCACCGUGGCGCUGCGCGAGAUCCGCCGCUACCAGAAGUCGACGGAGCUGCUGAUCCGCAAGCUGCCUUUCCAGCGCCUGGUGCGCGAGAUCGCGCAGGACUUCAAGACGGACCUGCGCUUCCAGAGCUCGGCCGUGAUGGCGCUGCAGGAGGCGAGCGAGGCGUACCUGGUGGGGCUCUUCGAGGACACCAACCUGUGCGCCAUCCACGCCAAGAGGGUGACCAUCAUGCCCAAGGACAUCCAGCUGGCGCGGCGCAUCCGCGGAGAGAGGGCUUAGGCGCCCCUCGCGCUCGCCCCGCCUCACCAACCCAAAGGCUCUUUUCAGAGCCACCACACCGCAUCCGGAGAAGAGCUUGAGAUUCUCUUCCCUUCCCCUCUACCCCAAUUUGUAAGUUAAUACA